AUUGUCCUGGAGAACCGAAGGACUUCCGGGCUGAGCAGUGCACAGAAUUCAACAGUCUGCCGUUCGAGGGAAUUUACUACAAUUGGAUCCCGUACACUGCCGGGCCGAACAAGUGCGAAUUGAAUUGCAUGCCGCACGGGGAGCGUUUCUUCUACAGGCACAGGCUGACGGUGAUCGACGGGACGCCAUGCGAGACCGAGAAGAACGACGUCUGUGUCGGAGGCAAAUGCAUGCACGUUGGAUGCGAUAUGAUGCUUGGAAGCGAUAUGAAGGAGGACGCUUGCAGGGAAUGCGGCGGCGAUGGAACGGACUGUAACACCGUUUCCGGUUUGUUCGACACGGAUGAUCUUCUGGCGGGUUACAUCGAUAUCUUGCUAAUUCCAAUGGGAGCAACGAACAUAGUGGUGAAAGAGAUCGAACCAUCGAACAAUUAUUUGGCCAUUAGAAACACUUCGGGCUAUUAUUACCUGAAUGGAAACUGGAGGAUAGAUUUUCCGCGCAGUCUGAAAUUCUCCGGGACCAUAUUCCAUUAUUCGAGAGAUCCGCAAGGUUUCCCGGCACCCGAUACCAUUACCGCCUUAGGGCCGACGAGUGAGCCAAUUUACGUGGUGCUACUCUAUCAAGACCACAACGUCGGGGUGCACUACGAAUAUAGCAUGCCGAAGAGAUUCUCUCAGCAAACCGACGCGGACAGCUACACGUGGAUAACCGAUGAAUUUUCCAGCUGCAGUGCGACUUGCGGCGGAGGUUAUCAGUCGAGGAGAGUGGCCUGUGUGCGAAGAAGGGACAACCAACCUGUAGAUGAGAACCUCUGCGAUCCACGGAUGGAACCAGCUGACACAGAGGCCUGUAGCGAGGAACCGUGUCCACCUGUGUGGGUGGAUGGUGAGUGGGGUCCUUGUAGCAAGCACUGCGGCGACGGUGGUAAGCAGAGCAGAGAGAUCAAAUGCGAGCAGGUCAUAUCUGGCGGAAUCCCCACUGUGGUGGACGAUAGUCAAUGUCUAGAGAAGGUGGGACCAAAAGGGCCGACCAGCCAGGAGUGUAACCAGGACGUGGAGUGCCCGCAAUACCACGUUGGUCCAUGGAAACCGUGCGACCACUUAUGCGGGCCAGGCAAGCAAAUUAGGCGAGUGACGUGUUACAAGAAGGUGGAGGGCAAGAUCGAAGUGCUGGAGGAUCAGGCUUGCGAAGGAGAGGUCCCAGAGCGUGAGAAACCAUGCGAAUUGAGACCUUGCGCCGGUCUCGACUGGGUCACGACGGAUUGGAGUGGAUGCGACGACAAAUGCGGGCUGAGCCAAGAAACAAGGACCACUCACUGUGCCACGCAGAAUGGAACCGUUUAUCCGGACGAGAAAUGCGACGCGGAGAAGAAGCCGGAAUUGAGUCGAGACUGCGAGAGCAAGGAGGAAUGCGAGUUCCUGUGGUUCGCUUCUCAAUGGAGCACCUGUUCAGCGAAAUGUGGGUCAGGUAUACAGACACGCAAGGUGUUCUGCGGCACGUUCGACGACGAAACGGUGAAGAAGGUGCCUGAGGAGAAGUGCGACCAGAGCAAGAAAUUCGACGACACGAAGGACUGCACCGCCGAGGAGGAGUGCAAAGGUGAAUGGUUCGCUGGUCCAUGGAGCAAGUGCUCGAAACCGUGUGGUGGCGGCACGAUGAACCGCAAGGUGAUUUGCAUGAAGGACAACAUGACGGCCCCGCCGGAUAACUGCGGCUCCAACACGAUCAUGUUCUCCACGGAAAAUUGCAACAAUCAACCGUGCGAGGAAGACGAGGUGAUACCGGUGCAGCCGGAGAAGAUCAAAGAUCUCGCCGACGAGGACGAAGAGUGCGAGGUUUACGAGGAUGAGGACUUCGUGACCGUGUUCUCCAACCUUGUGUCAAGCGACAAAUCCAGUAAUACGGAUGAUCUCACCGAGGCUACUCCACUGAGUUCACCAGACACAGGCGAAUCCAUCAGAAGCAACACAGUUGAUAUAAUGCUCGGCGACGAGGGCUAUACCAGAGGCGACAUAUCUCCUGAAAAUACAGGAAGCGGCGAGGGAAGCGGGCUAGAAUUCAGUAGUUUCUUCACUGACGGCUACACCUCAGAAUUCGAGAACACGUUUGAGGGAAGUGGAUCUAGCGGAAGCUCGGAAGGGGAUGAUCGGUUCACGACGGAGUCUGAAAUGCCGGAAUCUGAGGUUACCGAAGAGACUGUCGAUGGAACCACAAUGGAGGCUAGCAAGGAAUGGACCGAGUCAGGUGAAACGGAGGAAACGGCAACAGAAUCGAGUGACAAAACCACCGAGGAGCCAGAAUCCACUGUAAGCGGAGAUUCUGAAGCAACAGAGUCCACGGAAUCGGGUGCAACAACGUCUCCCCCGGAAACCGGAAGCACGGAGGAAGGUGUUUCGACUGUCAGUGGAGAGACUGAAGCAUCUACGAUCGAGUCAUCAACGAUACCAGAAGUGAAGAACGAGUAUGAUUCCAAAGAAGUUACGGAAAAAUCUGAAGCGAGCACAGAAUCAGGUUUCACGGAGGAACCUACAGAGUCUGGAGAAACGACAGAACCUGGAGCUACAACAGAGUCUGGCCCAACAGAAGCUACUGAGUCCACAGAAUCUGGAGCAACGACAGAACCUGCAGCUACGACAGAGUCUGGCCCAACAGAAGCUACUGAGUCCACAGAGUCUGGAGAAACGACAGAACCUGGAGCUACAACAGAGUCUGGCCCAACAGAAGCUACUGAGUCAACAGAGUCUGGAGCUACGACAGAACCUGCAGCUACAACAGAGUCUGGCCCAACAAAAGCUACUGAGUCAACAGAGUCUGGAGCUACGACAGAACCUGCAGCCACAACAGAGUCUGGUCCAACAGAAGCUACUGAGUCCACAGAGUCUGGAGAAACGACAGAAGCUGGAGCUACUACAGAAUCUGGGCCAACAGAAGCCACUGAAUCCACAGAACCUGGUGCUACGACAGAACCUGGAGCUACAACAGAAUCUGGACCAACAGAAGCCACUGAGUCCACUGAGUCUGGAGCUACUACAGAAUCUGGAGCAACCACUGAGACCACAGUGUCUGGUUUGACAGAAACUACCGAGUCUGGUAUGACCACUGAAUCUGGUGAAACAACGACAGAGGAAACAACUGUUUCUGGAGAGACCACUGAAUCUGGUGCCACGACUGAAUCUGGAGAAACCACUGAAUCUGGAGAGACAACAGCUUCCGGAGAGACCACUGAGUCAGGUGCAACAACUGAAAGUGGUGAAACCACUGUGUCUGGUGUGACUGAGACUACUGUUUCUGGAUUAACAACGUCCACUGAAGAGGAGGAGACCGAUGUGACUGAGAAAACGCACAGAUUAUCUGAAUUCUGGACGACUAUCGGUCCAGAUGAUGUCGCAAGUAAACGCCGUGUAUGCAAGGUUCCUAGGAAGAAGAAGACCUGUAAAACUUCACCCUAUGGCUGUUGUUACGACGGAAUUACUGCAGCAGAAGGUCCCUUCGGACAAGGAUGUCCCACACCAAAGACUUGCAGCGAGACCAAACAUGGCUGUUGUCCCGAUGGAGUUUCUCCAGCCGCUGGUCCAGAGAACCAAGGUUGUCCCAAGUCACACUGCGAGGAAACGUUAUUCGGUUGUUGUCCUGAUGAAGUCACUGCUGCCGAGGGCAACGACUUCGAAGGAUGCAAGAAACCUUGCAACGAGACAGAAUUUGGAUGUUGCCCGGAUAACGAGACUCCAGCUAGCGGAAUGAACAAUAUGGGAUGCUGUAAUGUUACUGAAUUCGGUUGCUGUCCCGAUGGAAUUACACCUGCUUCUGGACCAGACGGUUGCGAGGAAGAGGCUACUUCCGUCACUGUUAUCACAGAGGAAUACGAAACUACUACUACCGCUGCUGUAGAAGAAGAUUGCACGAAUACAACCUACGGAUGUUGUCCGGAUGGAGUUUCGACUGCCACAGGCACGAACUUUGAGGGAUGCGGUGUUAUCAACGCGGAGAACUGCAAUGCAUCGUACUUCGGUUGCUGUCCUGACGGCGUUGCACCAGCUCUCGGACCCAACAACUACGGCUGCCACAUGGCAUGCGAGAAUACCACUUAUGGCUGCUGCGAUGAUGGUAUCACUCCUGCUCACGGUCUUAAUAGAGAGGGUUGCUGCCUCUCCACACCUUACAAGUGUUGUCCAGACAAUAUACUACCUGCUCGCGGGCCGAACUUCUACGGUUGCGGAUGCCAGUACACGAGAUUCGGAUGUUGUCCGGACAACAGUACCGCGGCUCGUGGACCGAGCAACGAGGGUUGCGGCUGCGAGUACACGCCCCACGGCUGCUGCCCUAACCGAUUCACGCCGGCCACAGGAGCGAACUACGAGGGCUGUCCAUGUUACACUUAUCAGUUCGGAUGUUGCCCUGACGGUGUCACCAUCGCCAAAGGACCUCAUCUACAAGGUUGCGGUUGCGAGAACACGGAAUUCAAGUGCUGUUCCGACAGCAGAACUCCAGCCAAGGGGCCAAACUUCGCUGGAUGCACUUGCGACGCGUCGAAGUAUGGAUGCUGCCCCGACGGGGUGGAAGAAGCGCAGGGGGAGAACUUCGAGGGCUGUCUGUCGGUUCCAUCGACCCCUGGCGCGGCUUGUGCACUCGAGAGAGACAGAGGAUCGUGCAGGGACUUCACUGUCAAAUGGUACUUCGACACGGAGUACGGUGGCUGCUCGCGAUUCUGGUACGGAGGCUGUGAGGGUAACGACAAUCGAUUCAAGACACAGGAGGAGUGCAAGGAAGUGUGCGUGCAACCGAAAGGAAAAGAUGCCUGUUUCCUACCGAAGAUCUCUGGACCCUGCGAGGGAUAUUUCCCUACUUGGUAUUACGAUUCUGGUAGAAAGAUGUGCGGUCAAUUUAUUUACGGUGGCUGUCUCGGAAACGCGAAUAAAUUUAAAACUAGAGAAGAGUGCGAGGAGCUUUGUGUCCCACCUGACGAUCAAGAUCCUUGCGAGCAGCCUAAAGAGCCAGGUCCAUGCGAGGGCAACUUCACCAAAUGGUUCUACAACGCGGAAUCGCAAGCCUGCGAGCAAUUCCACUACGGUGGUUGCAAAGGCAACGACAACAACUUCGCCACGGAGGUCGCUUGUCAUCAACAGUGCUUGAAACCUGGAAGAACACGAGUAAAACUGACAGAAGUGUGCCGCCUGGAGAAAGAUCCCGGGCCAUGUCCGGGCUCGGUGUUACGCUGGUAUUAUGACGCCAAGCGUCAGAUGUGUAACCAAUUUGUUUACGGCGGUUGUAAAGGCAACGCCAAUAAAUUCCGUACGCUCGCUGCCUGCGAGCAGCGCUGCCCCGUAAAAGAGCAAGACACCUGUCUCUUGCCCGCGCUUUUGGGAGAAUGCCACAACUAUACUCAACGAUGGUACUACGACUCGUACGAACAGCAAUGUAGGCUGUUCUACUACGGUGGUUGCGGUGGAAACGAGAAUAACUUCGUUAGCGAACAAGAUUGCCUUAACAGAUGUCAGACUGCUCUUACCACUCCUGCUCCAGCGAGAGAAGAAUUUAAACCAGAUUUCUGUUUCCUUCCUGACCAACACGGCCCAUGUUCCGAGGAACAAGCUAAGUGGUUCUACGACAGCAGGGAUGGUGUUUGCAAGCAAUUCAGAUACGGUGGUUGUCAGAGUAAUGGUAACAACUUCAACUCUCGCGAGGAGUGUGAAUAUCGAUGCGGUGAUGUUCAAGAUCCUUGCACUCUGCCGAAAGUCAUCGGUCCAUGCAACGCCAUCGUCAGACAAUACUUCUACGACCAUCGGUCAGACACUUGUCAGGAAUUCGAGUACAGUGGUUGCCAAGGAAAUAAGAAUCGUUUCCAGGACAGAGACUCCUGUGAGGAAAAGUGCCAGAAACAAAUGGUUACUACACCACCUGCUCAAAAUAUUACCAUCACACCUACUCCACCAAUUGAAUCUGUCUCGAAGAGCCCGAUCUGUUACACCUCUGUCGAUCCUGGCUCUUGUAACGGCGAUACCACUGCUUACUACUACGAUUCGCAAAAUCAGAUGUGUCAGGCGUUCGUCUACGGAGGCUGUGAAGGAAACGCGAAUAGGUUCCAGACUGAGGAACAGUGUGAACGUCUUUGCGGAAGAUUCCAAGGGCAAGACACUUGCAACCUGCCGGUGGCUCCUGGCGAUUGCAGAGGCUACUUCAAAAAAUACUAUUACGACUCGAUCAGCCGCAUCUGUCGCGAAUUUGUAUACGGCGGCUGCGAGGGUAACGCGAACAGAUUCAGCACAAUGUCCGAAUGCGAAUCGAUUUGCAUUCAUCACGAGGAACCUGUGCCACCUGGAAACGACACCAGUCUUUCGAGUCUGUCCAUAUGUAAAGAACCGGUCGACAUCGGGUCUUGCACUUCCGGUUAUGCCAAGCGAUUCUACUUCGACGAGGAACAGCAAACCUGUCGAGCGUUCGUUUACACUGGAUGCGGUGGCAAUCGUAACAGAUUCAAGACCUUCGAGUCUUGCAUUAACACUUGCUUUAGCAGUAAGUCGAACAAACCUACUAACGAGAUCGACGUAGAUUCUGGUAAAGACUCGAAGGAUCCUUGCGUGGAAGCUCGAGAGGAAUGCAACACCAUUCGUUGUCCUUAUGGCAAGGAGGCGUUUGUGGACUCUCAGGAUUGCGAACGAUGCCGUUGCGUUGAUCCUUGCAGAACACAGAUUUGUCCUGAUGGCACCAAAUGCGCUAUCACUCUGGUUGCUACUAAGGAUGGUACAGAAUACAAGGGUGUAUGCAGAUCAGUUACGAAACCAGGUCGCUGUCCAACAGUAUCGAACAGCACCAGAUGCGAACAGGAGUGUCUCACAGACGCAGAGUGUUCUGGAGAAAUGAAAUGCUGUAACACUGGCUGCGGUGUUUCGUGUCUGGAACCGGCGGCUGAGGAAGUUACAUCUACUCCUGGGAGACCGUGGGUCACCACUCAACCAGAUGGAACGGAACCAGCUCAGAUCAGUCAACCGGAAGAUCCAAAUGUCAGCGCGCAGGAAGGUGGUUACGUGACGUUGACGUGCAUAGCUUUAGGAAACCCCAAACCGACUAUCACAUGGAGGAAGGGAACAAUAUUGAUUGCGGAUGCAGAGAGCAGACGUCGAAUUUUGCUCGAUGGCUCUCUACAGAUCGUCAAUUUGGACAGAUACGACAGUGGAACUUAUGUCUGUACCGCUGACAAUGGCUUAGGACCACCGGUAAGAGCGGAAUACAAACUGUCAGUCACAGAACCUAGGGAACUGGCCGCAACCAUACUUGGGGAGCGUAACUCAUACGUCACGGUCACCAUGAACUCCCCCAUAUCUUUGAACUGCUACGCGUAUGGUUGGCCUAGGCCGUUCGUCACCUGGUGGCGAGGUGAUCGUAUGUUGCCGCUUUCUUCGGAAAUUUACGAGCAAGACUCCGAAUACACCCUCCUGAUUCGAUCUGUCACGCUACCGACGUUAGGUGUGUACACCUGUCAAGCGUUCAACGCGAUUGGCAGGGCUGCAUCUUGGUCGGUGACGCUGCAAGCUAUCGGUCCGGUGUACAAUGUCAGACCUGAAUACGAACAGUAUAUCAAGUAUCUGGUCGAAGCUCCUAAAAAGCCAGAGAAACCUCAGUACCCUUAUAGACCCGACAGAACGCAAACUACUGACUAUAAUCUGACCUACGCUGCUAUCACCACUAUCAGACAUACGUCUUAUAUUCCCACGGUUAGUCCAAUUGGAUGGAGCACCACUUGGGAUUACGGUUUGAGGUUCAGAGUGCCUGUCACAGCUAACAUAACGAUAGGACAAAACCAAUUCCCAGAAGGCAGCGAUGUUAGUAUCGCUUGCCACGUUGAUGGUUUUCCAUCUCCUCGAGUGCAAUGGUUCAAGGAUGACGAGCUGCUUCUUACGAAUAAUCGAAUUCAGAUUACUGAAGUGAACAGACUUGUGAUCAGCGACGCGAAUCGAGAAGACUCCGGUCGAUAUCGCUGCGAAGCGAGCAACAACUACUCGUCCGCUUCUUCUUCGGUGGACAUACAAGUUGCUGGAAUCUUCAUUCAUCCUAACUGCCAGGAUAACUCGUUCUUCGCGAAGUGCGACCUAAUCGUGAAGGCGAGAUACUGCACGCACAAAUACUACGCGAAAUUCUGUUGUCGAUCGUGUACCGAGGCCGGUCAACUGCCUUCCAGAGGACCUCACCUGGGUAACUCGAGAAGGAGGAGAAGGUUCAUCAUGAAGAAUCUCGUUUAAAAACACCCCCCGUUGCUUACGGUGAGCGUAUAAUUCAUGAGCGUAUCGCGACAAGAAGGGGCAAUUACGAUCAGGCGUGUGAAUAUCGACUGUUAACAUACCGAGGGGAUAGAAAGAAAAGAAAAAAGCGAAAGAAACGACGACGGUUAGGAUUGGAACGGGAACCCUCGUCUGUCUCGAGCGUGUGCCGCAUUAAUCGUGACGUUAAUUCACUGCCAAAGCCUUAGAACGUCUAUACAUAGAUAUCUAUAAUAUAUAAUUAAGCA